AUGCAAUCACUGUGUGACUGGGUUCCAGACUGUCGCUUUUCCUCACAGGGCUGCGGCGGUGCUGGUUGUGCUGCUGCUCUCUCUGAAGUAUCCAGGUCCAUCCUCGUCGCUGCGGUGACACCCACACCCGCCACCGCCGUGACUGAGCAGAUGACCCUUCGUGGCACCCUCAAGGGCCACAAUGGAUGGGUGACCCAGAUCGCUACCACUCCCCAGUUCCCGGACAUGGUACUGUCCGCCUCUCAAGACAAGACCAUCAUCAUGUGGAAGCUGACCAGGGAUGAGACCAACUCCGGCAUCCCACAGCGUGCUCUUCGGGGUCACUCCCAUUUCGUUAGUGACGUGGCCAUCUCCUCAGAUGGCCAGUUUGCCCUCUCUGGCUCCUGGGACGGAACCCUUUGCCUCUGGGAUCUCACAACGGGCACCACCAUGUGCCGAUUCGUGGGCCAUACCAAGGAUGUGCUGAGUGUGGCCUUCUCCUCUGGCUCCCGAGACAAAACCAUCAAGUUAUGGAAUCCUCUGGGUGUAUGCAAAUAUACUAUCCAGGAUGAGAGCCACUCAGAGUGGGUGUCUUGUGUCCAUUUCUCGCCCAUCAUCGUGUCUUGUGGCUGGGACAAGCUGGUCAAGGUAUGGAACGUGGCAAACUGCAAGCUGAAGACCAAUAGUCACAUGGGCCACACAGGAUACCUGAACACUGUGACUGUCUCUCCAGAUGGAUCCCUCUGCGCUUCUGGAGGCAAGGGUGGCCAGGCCAUGCUGUGGGACCUCAACGAAGGCAAGCAUCUGUAUACACCUGAUGGUGGGGACAUCAUCAACGUCCUUUGUUUCAGCCCCAAUUGCUACUGGCUCUGUGCUGCCACUGGCCCCAGCAUCCAGAUCUGGGACUUGAAAGGCAAGAUCGUUGUAGAUGAAUUGAAGCAAGAGGUUACCAGUACCAGCAGCAAGGCAGAGCACCCCAGUGUACCUCUCUGGCCUGGUGGCCAAACUCUCUUUGCUGGCUACACAGACAACCUGGUGUGAGUGUGGCAGGUGACCAUCGGCACCCGCUAGAAGUAUAUGGCAGAGCUUUGGUAAUAAAAUGGUUUUCUGGCUUGUAAAAAAAAAAAAA